AAGCAACAAGCUACCGAGCAGCAGUAGCAGCAGCAGCUAGCAGCAGCGGCUAACCGUCCGGGGGGACGAGGCAUUUUAACAUGCAAAAGUUUACAAACACCGAUUCCUCGCCUUGACCGGAGACCGAAUCGACGCUUGGCGACACCUGACUCGGCUGCAGAAGCCAUGGGUCCCGGCUGGCUUCAUUAAAACCUACUUAUUCGCGUUAUUCGGAGCUUCAAAUGUGCGAAAAGUCGCUCGGUGUGUCCUCGUCGUUGAACAAGAUGGCAGCAGCAGCAGCAGCGGCGGCGGCGACGGCACCGGAGCAGGGUUUCACCGUGGAGCGGGUCCUCGUCGCUAGCCGGUUCUCUGACGCUCUGGGUGGAACUAUUUACUGGUCUUACUGAAGGUAUGGCCUCACAAGUCUUGGUCUACCCAUCACACCUGCACUCAGCUCAGAAAAGUGCCUUAGGAACCAGCAGCAGCGGUACCAGCAGACUCACGGGUGAAGCCCACCGCAGCAACAGCACCAGCAGAGCCUUUCAGCAACGACCGCCGCCCAAGACCUAUGUGAUCGGCGUCAACUACGGUAUCGCCUACCCCAACAACAUCAUCCCAUCCUCAGCCGACCCGGGAAGACUCACAGAGAGGGAGGAGAGCUGGACGGGCCCGGGAGAAGCCGGCGUCCAGGACCAGCUUGGCCAGAGCCGAGGCCCACAGGAGGUGAGGCUUCGUAGGGACAGUGGUGGAACUCCAGCAGGAGGAGGUCUGGACUGCGGGCUGCUGAGGAGGGCCUGCAUACGAGCCGAGGAGGAAGAGAGGGGAAGGAGGCGGACCAGAGGAGGGUACGUUGGCCUUCUGGACGCCGGCUCCACCCAGAGAUGUGAGCAGAAGACGGGCGACGGUGGAGAACGAGCGCAGGAGAACAGCCGUGUGGGAACCAUGCAGAUAGUGGAGGAGGCAUCUGCUCUGCCUUCGCUUCCUCCACCUGUGGCCAUGUUGCAAACCAGCGCCGGGAACAAUGCAGACCCUGUGAGGGCGGGAGGCGGAGGGACGCUUCCCGCUCAGAGCAACAGGGUCGAGGCGGACGGGACCGAGAUCAGGCGCAGUGGCGAGGCGACGGCGGCCGGAGCCACGGUGACGAGAACCGGAUCGGUGGACGGAGACUAUCAGCUGGUGCAGCACGAGGUCCUCUGCUCACUGAAGAACAGCUACGAGGUUCUGGAGUUCCUGGGCCGCGGCACCUUCGGACAGGUGGUGAAGUGCUGGAAGAGGGGCACGAACGAGGUGGUGGCGGUGAAAAUACUGAAGAACCACCCGUCCUACGCACGUCAGGGGCAGAUCGAGGUGGAGAUUCUGGCCCGGUUGAGCAGCGAGAACGCCGAGGAGCACAACGUGGUUCGAGCUCUGGAGUGUUUCCAGCACCGCAGCCACACCUGCCUGGUGUUCGAGAUGCUGGAGCAGAACCUCUACGACUUCCUGAAGCAGAACAAGUUCAGCCCUCUGCCGCUCAAAAUCAUCAGGCCCAUUCUGCUGCAGGUGGCGACGGCUCUAAAGAAGCUCAAGUCUCUGGGUCUGAUCCACGCCGACCUGAAGCCGGAGAACAUCAUGCUGGUGGAUCCCUCCAGGCAGCCCUACAGAGUCAAAGUCAUCGACUUCGGCUCGGCCAGCCAUGUCUCCAAGGCCGUCUGCUCCACGUACCUGCAGUCCCGAUACUACAGGGCUCCGGAGAUUAUUUUGGGCCUGCCAUUUUGCGAGGCCAUCGACAUGUGGUCGCUGGGCUGUGUGAUAGCCGAGCUCUUCUUGGGCUGGCCUCUUUACCCCGGAGCGCUGGAGUACGACCAGAUCCGGUACAUCUCUCAGACUCAGGGCUUGCCGGCCGAACAGCUGCUCAACAAGGGGACCAAGACCUCUCGGUUCUUCUCCAAAGAAUCCGACUCUCCGUACGCCUCCUGGAGACUAAAAACGACAGAAGAGCACGAGAAGGAGACGGGACUUAAAUCCAAAGAGGCCAGAAAGUACAUCUUCAGCUGUCUGGAUGACAUAGCACACGUGAACUUGAUGUUGACUCCUGAUAACAGCGACAUGCAGGCAGAGAAAGCAGACAGACGAGAGUUUGUGUCUCUGCUGAAAAGCAUGCUGCUGAUCGAUGCCGAGAACAGAACUAUUCCCUCCAGCGUCCUCAACCACCCCUUCCUCACCAUGACCCACCUGCUGGAUUAUCCCCACAGCAACCACGUGCAGUCAUCUUUCCGCAUCAUGGACAUGUGCCACACUCGGCCCAGCAAUGCAGUUUUUGACGCUCUGAACCAGAACACCAUUCACUUCUCCAGGCCUCCCGUGGCCCCCGCCGCCUCCUCGGGGCUCCCUCUGGCCUACAGCAGCAUACCGGUCCACACCCAGGCUUUAACCCAGUCGGCCCCCUCAGUGUUGCAUCCUGGGAUAGCGCUAACAACAGGAAACGGUCAGUUUGGCUGCAGCGAUUCGUUUCCACCAGCCCUUCUCCUCUGUCCUCCUGCCAUGCAAGGUAACCUUAAUCAACCAGCAGGGUAUCCGGUUCCCAUGGUAACUCAGGCCCCUCCCAUACAGCCCCUACCGGUGAGGCCAGGUGUGAUCGCUCAGCAGGCCUGGUCCAGUCGGGGGCAGCAGCUCCUCGUCCCGGCAGCCUGGCAGCCGAUGACUCCCGUGGGUCCUCCUCCAUCCCACCCGCCUCCCCCACCUCCAUCCUCCCUCAGCAGUGACACGGCGUCCGGCCCACAGAGGAUCAGCGACUGGGGGAAAGUGCGUUCCCACAGCAGCCAUUACAAUGCAGUGAUGCAGCAGCCCCUCCUGACCAAUCAGAUGCCAGCCCUGUCUGCUCAUCAGCCAAUCAACAUCGGCAUAGCUCAUGUUGUGUGGCCUCAGCCGGCCAAUAAGAGGAACCGACACGGUCACAACAGGAACCUGUCCCACACCAGCAACGUCCACAUAUCAGCCUGCCGGACGCCUAAACUGGCCGACGUCGUUGGCCAGGCGGUGGUGGGACGGGAGGAGCCUCGGAGGACGGCGCCUCCUCUGGUGGAAACCAGGCAGCCGGAGGUCCAGAACACGGACGAGGAGGAAGACGACGGCGAGGAGGAGGUGAGCUGCUUCAAAGACGUGGUUCCCAGUGGGAGUCUGUCCAGGCAGCAGCAGAGAGACGUGGCAGUCCUGAUGGGCGACACGCCGAGUCCAGCUGCCAGCGUCAUCAGCAUCAGGAGUGACCUGACCGACGCCGAGGACGAGAGGGAAGAUGAAGACCCUCAGAGGUGCCGUCUGACCGAGUGUAAGGAGGAGUGUGAGUGUGAGGCCUGCAGAAACACCAGCAUGUCCAUGGAGAGGGUUUGUUCCCUCAGCAGCCCCGACAGCAGCCUCAGCACCAGUUCAUUCGCCUCCAACUCGCUGCAGUCCAGCCCUUCAGUCUCACCCUGCAAGAGACCCAACAGCAUGUCUGAGGACGACGGCCAUGAAAGCGGCUGCGACACGGUGGAAGGUUCCCCCACGUCCGACACGUCCACGUCCCCGCGUGGCAACAGCUCCUACCGUUACCUCGACAACGGCAACCACAACAACCGGCCGCCGCUGGCCGCCAUGGUGGCGCCGCUGCCUUCGCCCAGCCUGCAGGGCCGGAGCCACGGCGGCAUCAGGACCAUGGUGGUUCCUCCCAUGAGGGUGCAGAACAACAACACUCAGGACAGCGAGGAGCGAGUCCAGAGAACCGCCUCAGAGUCCUGGUCCCGGUCCAAAGGGCGCUGCAGCCUCGUUGGUCAGCAGAACACUCCCUCCUCCGUCCCCCUCCUCCCAUCCGGCCCUCACCUGUCCAGGCAGCAGAAGGUGACGGCGGGGCAGCAGCAGCAUCCUCUGGGCUUUGGACAGGUGCAGCCGUACAUUUCCAACCACAUUUCCAACAAAGAGUGGAACGGCAACUAUGGUCCUCUUCGUCCUCACGCCUUCAUCCCCCCCACGGUCCACACCUUCAGCCACCUGCCCCACAGCAGCCCCACCCACAGCCAGGCCGCCCCCCACACCCUGCUCUCCUACCCCCCCAGCGGGCCCCUCGCCUCCGCCCACCACCCCCACCCCAUCCUGCCCUCCCGCCCGCCGCCUCCCCCCCUCCUCCAGCACGGCUACGGUCUGUCCCACCCCCAGGGCGGCGCCAUAGUCCACCAGGUGACGCUGGGCCUCGGCGCUCCUCCCCCGCCUCACCCCCACCACCCUCACAGGCUCCUCCCCUCGCCCACCAUCCACCCCCACCACCAGCCCGGCUACGCCCACCACCCGCACCAGUUCAAGCCCCCGUUCCCUCCGCCGCCUCACCCCUACAUGGCCUCCCCCGCCGCCUACACCGGCUUCCCUCUGAGCCCCACCAAGCUCGGCCACCACCCCCAGUUCUCCUACAUCUGAGGCGGCAGCAGCAGCUCCUCCUGGUGGGGAAGUGGACGGGUGGCGGGACGUGGUCUGGACGAGCUGCCAGCAGAGGACAAAACGGACUCCUGUGACGACGAGGACGAGGAAGAAAGACGGCGUGUCGAGAAAGAUGUUUCGAGGACGGAUAAAUAAACGGUCGCACCACGAUGAGACUUUCCUGAAGCAUGCGUCGCGUUACCUCCUUUUUUUGGUUGUUGUUGUUUUUCUCGGAGGCUGGAGAUCUUUGCCCCCCUUCCCUUUAUCUUCGUUGCCUUGUAGCUCGGAUCUGUCGCUUUGAAGCCAUCCCAGUCUGUUCCAGCGCACCAUUUCACCGUCUAUGUUUCAGGCAGACUUUUCUAUUUUGUUGUUGUGUUUUUUUGGUUUUUUUUGCUCCUGCCGCCUCCUAGUGCCUUAAAAAAAAACCUCCUUCAGGAACUUUAUAGAUUGUAAAUUUAAAAAAACGGGGCUUGCAGCACUUAAAACCUUCGGGCUCAGCGGAUGAUCAUGAAUAUGAGGCUUAAUUAUGGAUUUACUUUUAGCUAGAGGCUGCACAUAUAUAGGGCUUUGACUGAAUGAGCUUUUUAUGUAGAUAUAUAAAAGAAAAAAAACAGUGAUUUGAUAUUUUGAUAAUCAAUUUCUAUUCACUAUAGUACUUAAUUCAUAACAGUAUUGUCACUGUUUACUGUAACUGCAAUACAAUCUAGAUAGACUCUGGGUUGCUGUGUUUUUAUUAUUAUUAUUAUUUUGCAUUUAGGCAUUAAUUAGACUUUGGGAGUGGCUUAAUUAGAGGUAAUUCUUUUUGUGUUUUUAAAGCUUCUCAGUGUUUGAAUAACCUAUCAACUUACAGUAUCAUUGCUGGGCUUUUGAGUAUUAGAGCUGUAAUUGUUUUGGUUUUUUUUGUCCAUGUAUUGAAGCCUGUUGUCAGUUUUGAUACAUUCCUUCAGGGUUUGGAUGCAUAGCCUUGAUUUUUAUUUCUAAUUCUGGUGUUAUUUUUGUUUUAUUUUACUCCAAUCAGCACCAAAGACUGUUUGUUAAUCAUUUCUCAAAGCAUCGGUCGAUGAUAUUUCUCCCCUUUAGAAACAAAAAAAACACGAGGUUUUAUUUUUCUGAGCUUUGUUUGGCAUAAACACACAAAAAACAUGUAUUUGGAAUGUAUAGAUAAUAAUAAGCUGCUAUGUACCGAUUAUCUGCCACUUCGUAGCUGUGAAUCUAGAGGAUUAAUCUCAUCCUAGCCUGCGUUCUCUCUUUUUGUGUCGUAGUUUGCGACGAGUAGAUCUGACAGAAGUGGGUUUUAUUUUGAUCCUGGAGUAUAUUGAUGCUAUUCCUAUAUGCUAGUGCCUCUGUAUAUUGGCUUUGUUGUUUAUUUGAAGUGAUUGUAAACUGCUGUAAUGGAAGUUUUCCUCUUUUUUUUAAUUAUUAUUAUUAUUUUGUUGCUUAUUUUCGUGUUUUUUCUUUUGUGCGUGGUUAUUUAGCAUCAGUAUUUCAAACGUAGGCUGGGUUCGCUCUUUAAAUUGCUGUUUUUUGGUUUUCCGUUAUUGGACUGUAUUUUGUCUGCGACUCUUCGUACUGUACAACUUAGUGCCUUCUUUCAAACAAGUGGCUGAAGGAUGAUUUGUAGACGAGCUUCUAAACAAAACAAAAAAAGAGAAGAACCCCAAAGUUAGUUGUUUGUUUGUUUGGAGUCUGUAAACAAUCUUUUUUCUUCUAACAGAAUCCUAAGAAAGUACAAGUCAGGGAAGGUUUUCUCAGCAGGAACGCCGUGCAGCACUCGAUAAAGCUAAACAUAGGGCCUGAUUUUACACAAAUGCAAAGCUUUAUUGUCACUCGGUGAAUGUAUUUGUGCAUCUGGAGACACCUCACAGCGUUUUCUCAUGUUUCUGUAUGCAGCUAUUAGCACAGGCAGACACAGUGUUGGGUCAGAAAUGCUUUACAUCCAGCCGUCAACGUUCAGCUCCAAAGUCGUCCCACCUUAAUCUACUUACCGUAUUACGUUAUAAUGGUUUAUUUUGCUGUCGCUUGGGUGUAUUUUGUGUAAUUAUGCUAGUGUGUUGGUGGCUUUGGAACGAGAGGACGCACCGUUUGACCUCGGAUUUAGAGGAGAUGGUUUUAAUUGUAACCCUGUGGUGUGCAGCCUCUCCAUGUGUCUGUUUGUUUGUUUCUGUCGGCUCAGAACAGACGAUGAGACGAAGGAAAAGGAUCCGUUCUGUCGCCUCCAUGCAGCUUUAUGGCACACAGUCCAGACGGGUGAACUACGAAGCCAGAUUAGCCAGUUAGACAGGUAUGUUGAGCCUUAAAGUCAGAGUUUUUAGUGUUGUAAAGCUGCUAAACCACCAUUUUAACUGAUGCUGCACAGCUAACCUUCUCUAGAGGAAGUUUAGGACUUAAAUCAGCUUGAAGAAGCUCCACAAUUCAUAUCUGCAAUUAUAUUGAGUGACUGUAUGCAGAAAAUGCAUAAAUUUGCUGCCAGGUUCAUUUUGUAGCUUUAUUUCACCUUGAUUUGGCCAAAAACUAAAGUGAUUUCAACUUCUGUUUCAUUUUGCAACAGUUUCAGGCUGAAAAUGUAUAAAAUAUUUCUUGUUUUUCAGCUCUAAUGUGCAGCUGUCAGUUAGAAAUGAACCUAAAACAGAGUUUUUACUGUCACAAAGAUGCUAAAUCACUAUUAAAACUGAUUCCACACUGCUAACCUGCUCUAGAGGAGUUCCAGUUUAGAGUUUUGGAUUUAAAUUGACUUUAAGAAGCUCCAUAAUUCCCUGCUAAAGUUAUAUCUGCAACUAUGUUGAGUGACUGUAUGCAGAAAAUGCUUAAAAAAGGUGUUUAUCAAAGAGAAUAUUCAAUUAAAACCAUUAAUUUCACUUUUAUUUGGCCAAAAAUGAACUAACUUCAAUAUUCCCUUCAUUUGGGGACAAUUUCUGGCUAAAUAUGUUGAGUUUAAUGUUAAAAUAUUUAAAGUUUAACAACUCAGAAAUAAGACACAUGAUUAAAUUAGUAACAUUUCUGCUUUUUCCUGUAACAAAUGUUUUAAUUUCCAUUAUAAUUAUCUAUUAUAACAACCUGCUCCUAUUGGCUAAAGUAGCCGGCACACGAUUGCUGUCAAAAUUAGUGCAAAAUGAAAGGAAAUUAGUUGAAAAUUAAAUAAAAAUUGUCCUUAAUUGCUUGAAAAUGAUCCAAAAUGUAAUUGAAAUUGUCUAAAAUUUCUUUUAAAAAAAAAAGUUGUCCAAAACGAUGCACAAAUUGUUCAAAAUUACACAGAAAUUGUCCAAAAAUACUCAAAAAAAAAUGUAGAAAUGGCAGAAAAACUCCAAAAGCAUCCUUUUAGUGUGAACGUGCUCAGAGUGUAAUGAAGAAAACUUGGUUAGAAUGAAAGAAUGCCAUCAACAUUUUUUGAUUUGUUCAGGUUUUAUUAAUCCAGCUAACUCUAGAAAAGCCUGACUUUGUUAAACUUGCUUCACAUUUCAUCCCUCUGGAGCUGAAACCAGCACAUGGAGCAUCAAAAAGCAGGUCUGAGGACUCAUAUUUCUAAAAAUAUGAUUAAAAACAUGAAUUUUCUGCGUUAUUUCGCCUCUGACUGCUAUAAAAACCACCAAAUCACGGAUCUCAGCGUCUCAUUCGUGUCCUGAGCUGAAAUAUAAAAACAAAUGACUCCUAAGACUUGGACUAAUUAUUAUUAUUCUCAUCAUCAUCGGGUUGUUGUAUUUAGACACGUAGAAAAUGGCUAAAUUUGAACGUGUUACUGUUCUGUGUAGAUUUGUGUGGCUUUCUGAUUUCAUUUUGUUGAUUCUUUUUUAAAUGCUACACUAGUCGGACAUGUAGCGACUGCACUGUGCAAUAUAACGACAAUAUACGAGGACUGGGAAGAUGAUCUGGGGUUCGUAACGAUGUGUGUCCCCCCUACUUUUAGUUCUCAGUCAGUUUCUAUGUGACCGAGCCUCGUGUACUUCGUCACAAAAAGCGGGUUUCCUCCUCGGUGACUCUUAUUGGUGAGUGUCAAAUUAUGAAUCGAUGGUUGUAACUAUGUCAAGAUUCACUUUGAAUUAAAAAAAACAACAAAAAAUAUCUCUUGCUUCAAGAA